GGACAAUGCGGCGCAUAAAAAGCUGGACAUUUAGUGGGCGGAGGCCAUGUUCAGGGCUGGCAUUGCUUUCAAUUUCUUGAACAUGGACAUGACUCAGACGUUGCAUGCCGUUUACCUGGAGUUAGCGAACGUGAGGCCGAAGGUGAAGCUACCAUCAUACAACUACAUGAGGACGGUCAUGCUGGACAUCAUUUACUUGAAGAUCCAAAAGGAGGUGAACCCGAUGAUGAGGUGUUGGGACUCGACUGGAUGCACGUUCAUCACUGACGGGUCAAGUGACCCGCAAGAAUCGGCCAGUGAUGAACUUCUCGACGGCGGGGGAACAAGGGGCGGUGCUCGUGACGACGGUGACAAUGAGUGGCAGGAAGAAGAAUGCAGUGGCGUUGGCAAAGUUAUGGGAGCAAGUAAUGAGGGAGAUUGGACUGCAACGCAUCAACGCGAUCUGCACCGACAACGCCGAAACAGAGAGGAUGUUCUUGUCACAAUGGUGGAUGGGAGGGCGGCGUCAAAGUGGAGAGCAUUGAGAUGGUCAGGGGAGAAGUUGCGCAGGAGAGCCGACCUCGUGUACUACACAGUGAGGUCGGAGGCAUGGUGGCCGCAGGUGAGGAAGAUUGUGGACAUCAUGCACCCGAUCUUCCAGUUGCUGAAGAGAAUGGACGCAGAAGGCAUGCCUCCCACCAAUCUUGUUGAGUACGAUGAUAUGAUUCGGCGGAAAUUGACGAACAUGGUGCUGACGCAGAAGGAGCGGGAGGAUGUCAUGGAAAAGGUGCGUGACCGCGUGCAAAUGAUGAGGCAAACGGUUCAUGCAGCUGCAUUCGUUCUUGAUCCACGGCGGCGGAAUGAACGCUGGCUCUUCGAUCAGAACAGUGCAGUGAUGCAAAAUGCAAUGCGCUACUUCUUGAGGCAGAUUGGGGGUGAGUGGAACAGCCAAGAACAUUCUGACUUGUGGGCGGAGUUGAUGGAGUUCCAAAAAGAGCCCGCGAGGGUUGCGACGGAGCAAGUGUGCAUGGAGCCCGGGAAAGCUAUGAAGAAGCGCAAGGAUGAGCACAUGUGGAAACAACCGGCGGUGGAYGAUGUGAGGAGGCUUAACCCUGCGACCUGGUGGGCAGCACAUGGCGGGGAUGUCCCAACACUUCAGGGAAUUGUAAUCAAGGUUAUGGGGAUGUGGAGCACUGCGACCCCCGSUGAGCGCAACUGGGCCUCCAUGGACUUUGUCCACACGAAGAGACGAAACAGUUUGUCCCCAGCAUCCCUCGAGAAGCUCGUGUACAUACACUGGAACAUGCAGUUGCUGCGAGCUCGACACCACAAGGACAGCGGGUUCGUUGAUGUCUGGGGUUCGUUCUUCGAGCCAAUCAUGGAGCCAGAACAGAAUGACGGGUCGACGCUGGCGAAUGACACUCAGGAUGCUGCUGAAAAAGAGGAUGAGGAGAUGAGGCAAAAAAACAUGGCAAAGGCUCCAAAAAACAGGAUCCCCUAAAACCUUCUCGAUUCCGACACUAGUGACAGCAGCAACGU